AUGGAGAAUUUAACAGGAGAGGAUAUAUACACUUGGUGUAUGCAAAAGGAGAAAAAUCCUAAAAAGUGUUUAGCAAUAGGAGGAAAUUUCCCUGAAUUUUCAGAUGAAGAAGUCAUUAGAACAAUUAUAGAUAAAUUAUAUGGGGUUAAAAGACCUAAGAUUGUGGAUAAAUGGAGAGAGGAAAUAGCUAUAUUAAUAGAAGCUGAAAGGGAGUUAGAUCCAUGUAUGAUACCAAUGAUGAUAAUGGCAAAUGAGGAAAUUGGGAGGCGGUGGUAUAUUAUCUGGCCUAAAAGAAAAGAUGAGGAAGCUAGUAAUGCACACAUAUCCACUUCUAGGGAUACCCCUGAAAGGGAAAAUGCACAUAGUAAUACACAAGGAAAUGGUGCAAAUACAGAUGGAUCACAGUUUGAGACAAUGGUAGAUAGAGUGGUUACCCAGUUAGAACGCUGGCACUAUAAAGGGAGCUAUAGGAGACUACGAAUAUUUUCAGGGAUAGUGCCUGUACCACUAGGUGAAGAAACGUACGAGUCCUGGAAGGAAGCUGCUGUUCAGCAAGCUGAGGAAUGGCAAUGCCCUGAUCAAAUAAAAAGGCAAAGAGUGGUUGAAAGCCUAAGAGGGCCUGCCAUGGGAAUAAUACAGGUAGCUAGACGAAGUAAUCCACAAGCUACUCUUGAGACAUAUUUUGAGGCUCUAGAUUAUACCUAUGGUACAUUAGAAGAUGUAGGGGAUUUAACAUUUAGGUUGCAUCAUACGUUCCAGGAACCUGGAGAAAAGUUAAGUGCAUAUUUAAUAAGAUUGGACAAACUUUUAUACAAGAUAGUAGAAAAGGGUGGAAUUACCCGGGGCGAAGUAGAUAGAAGCAGAAUGAAACAGUUAAUGAGGGGAGCACUGACAACUGAUUCUGUGGCCCAGAAAAUUAGAUGCUCUGGAACCAGGGAACCUAUUCCUACUUUUAAUGAAUUAUUAAAAGAAAUAAAGCAAGAAGAAGUAUUAAUCGAAAUGAGAGAAAAAACAAUAAAAAAAGGUUAA